GACAAUUGAGAAUGAAAAACACAUGAAACUCUUGGUUGUGAAAUGAAUAGCUUGCUAUAUGUUUCAAUUGUUGUAGGAAAUAACAAAAUUAAACAUGUACUCCAUGAUAGGAAUACAAAGGAUAAGUUUUACUUUCUUGUUACUGCUGAAUUUCAGGUCAUUCAUUACAAAGGCUGAAGAACAGUCAUACCUGGGAAGUAGCUGCAAUAACACCGCCCAACAAACUCUCAGCACUGCAUACCAAACCAACCUUGAUAGAAUCCUGACUUGGAUGUCCUCAGAUUCAGGCACAAGCAAUGGUUACAACAUCACCACCAUAGGCUCCAACAAUAGCUCUGUGUACGGCCUCUAUUAUUGUGGGGGUGGCUUGGCUGGAUACUUUUGUCAUGUUUGUAUUUCCACUGCUGCAAGAGAAACCCCUCGGCUCUGCUCCAAUAGGGUGUCUGCUGUGGUGUGGAAUGAUUACUGCCUUAUAAGGUACUCAAAUGAAGAAUUCUUUGGGAAAGCUAUGACAUAUCCAACAUGGCAUGUUCUUGGAACAAAAAACAUAUCGAAUAUAACAGAGAUUCAGAUAGGUGAGGAUUUUUUGAGAAGUUUGAUCAGAAAAGCAACUAAUGGAACCAACCAGUUGUAUUAUAAGGACGGCUUCAAUUUGAGUGCCACUGAGAGUAGGUAUAGCGUGGUGCAAUGCUCUAGAGAUCUCACAAAUGAAGUGUGCAGACAAUGUUUGGAGGACAUACUAGCUGAACUUCACAAAUGCUGUGAACAAAAACUAGUAUGGAAUAUUUGGUCUGGAAGUUGUUUGAUUCGGUAUGAUGAUUAUAUGUUCUAUCUUCUUAACACCCAACCACCUUCAGCUCCUGCUCCCAAUGUACAAGAUAAACAAGGGAGUAAUAACAGGUCAAAAAUAUUGAUCAUUACCUUCAGUGUGACUGGGCCAAUAAUUGUACUAUGUUUCAGCGUGUAUUCCUUCUGGCAUAGGAAAAGCGUGAGAAAAGAACGGCUUCCUCUACCAUCAUUUCACAAAAUUCAACCAGGGGAAAUGUGGAACACGGACCUGCCUAGAAUCCCAUUAAUCACAAUUCUAGAGAGUACUGAUAACUUUUCAGAAGCAUCUAAAUUGGGGGAAGGCGGAUUCGGCUCCGUUUACAAGGGAACUCUGCCUGAUGGAACGCAAAUUGCAGUAAAAAGACUCUCAGAAUUUUCUGGUCAAGGCUCAGAGGAGUUCAAAAAUGAAGUAAUGUUUAUAGCUAAAUUGAGGCAUCGUAACCUAGUAAGACUUUUAGCAUGUUGCUCGGAGGGAAAUGAAAAGAUACUCGUAUAUGAGUAUUUGCCGAAUAAAAGUCUCGACUUUCACCUAUUUGAUGUUGAGAGAAGAAAACAAUUCGAUUGGAAACUAAGAUUAAGCAUUAUCAAUGGAAUAGCAAGAGGUAUGUUUUACCUUCAUGAGGACUCUCAACUGAGAGUAAUUCAUAGAGAUCUCAAAGCCAGCAACGUUCUAUUAGACCAUGACAUGAAUCCCAAAAUAUCAGAUUUUGGAUUGGCAAGGGCAUUUGAAGUGGGACAGAACCAAGCAAAUACAAAACGAGUUAUGGGCACUUAUGGAUACAUGGCUCCUGAAUAUGCUAUGGAAGGACUAUUUUCAGUGAAAUCUGAUGUUUUCAGCUUUGGAGUUCUUGUUCUAGAAAUCAUUUGUGGGAGAAAGAAUGGUAGAUUCUACCUGUCAGAUGGUCAAAUUCUCCUUGAAUACGCUUGGAGAAUAUGGUAUGAAGGAAAAUGUUUGGAAUUGAUGGAUCCAAUACUAGAAAAAUCCUUCAUAGGCAGUGAAGUACAGAGGUGCAUACAGAUUGGUUUGUUGUGUGUUCAAGAAGACGCAAGAGAUAGACCAACCAUGUCCGAUGUUGUUGUAAUGCUGGUGAGUGACACAGUGGCCAUUCCAAAACCCAAGCACCCAGCCUUUUCAGUAGGAAGAAUGGUCUCAGAGAAAGGCUCCACAUCAAGAAGUUCCAACAAUCGUUCCAUUUAUGAUAUAACAUCCUCCAUUACUUUACCUAGGUAAUUUCAUGAUUGCACAAUGGAUUUGUAUAUAUAUAAAGUUGCAUUUAUAAUUGAUUUAAAUCAAAUUAUUUAUUAAUUUAUCUAGUCA